GACCUUAGCCGGAAGGAUUAAAGAACCGUUCCAUUUCCGGAAGUAACGGGAGCGUUUCGAACAUGGCGACCUCCCAAGCGAACGGGCUAGCCCCGGCAGCUGGGAAGAGUGAAUUUCGUAACCAGAAGCAGAAGCAGGAGAACCGAGAUGAAUCAGAACUCCUCACUGUUCCUGAUGGUUGGAAGGAACCAGCUUUUUCCAAAGAGGACAAUCCCAGAGGACUCCUGGAGGAAAGCAGUUUUGCAACUUUGUUCCCAAAAUAUAGAGAAGCUUACUUGAAAGAGUGCUGGCCGUUGGUUCAAAAAGCCUUGAAUGAACAUCAUGUUAAUGCAACCCUGGACCUGAUCGAGGGCAGCAUGACUGUUUGUACAACAAAGAAGACUUUUGAUCCAUACAUCAUCAUUAGGGCCAGAGACCUAAUAAAACUACUAGCAAGAAGUGUUUCAUUUGAACAGGCAGUACGAAUUCUUCAGGAUGAUAUUGCAUGCGACAUCAUUAAAAUAGGUUCUUUAGUAAGAAAUAAAGAAAGAUUUGUAAAAAGAAGACAACGGCUUAUUGGUCCCAAAGGAUCUACAUUAAAGGCAUUGGAACUCUUAACAAACUGUUACAUUAUGGUUCAGGGAAACACGGUUUCAGCCAUUGGACCUUUUAGUGGCUUAAAAGAGGUUCGAAAAGUAGUCCUAGAUACCAUGAAGAAUAUUCAUCCAAUUUAUAAUAUUAAAACCUUAAUGAUUAAACGAGAGUUGGCAAAAGAUUCUGAAUUAAGAUCACAAAGUUGGGAAAGAUUUUUGCCACAGUUCAAGCACAAAAAUGUGAAUAAACGCAAGGAACCAAAGAAAAAAACUGUUAAGAAAGAGUAUACACCAUUCCCACCACCACAACCAGAAAGUCAGGUGGAAGAAGUCAUAACUUCGGACUAUAUCCAUUCUAAAUGUAUGUUUCCAACCUCAGAUAGGUGCUCAGUAUUGUCUUGUAGUUCUGUGAAUCCUCUUAAUUGUCUAGGCUAAAAAUAGGCUAAACAAGCAGAAGCUCUCAGUAAGAGACAAGAGGAAAGAAACAAAGCUUUCAUUCCACCUAAAGAAAAGCCAGUUUUGAAACCUAAGGAAGCUUCUACUGAAACUAAAAUUGACGUGGCUGCCAUCAAGGAAAAGGUUAAGAAAGCAAAGAAUAAGAAACUGGGAGCUCUCACAGCUGAAGAAGUUAAGCUUAAAAUGGAAGUAGAUGAAAAGAAAAAGAAGAAAAAAAAGUAAUACAAAAAAACCCUGAACCUAGAACUUAUUAAGCUAUCUCCUUUUAUAAAGGACUUUGAGGUACUGGGGCAUUAGUUGCCUUAUGUGUAGGAAGUAAUACUCUGAUUACUUUUUUCUGAGUUUGUUUGUUCUUUAUAACAAUGUUUAUAUAUAUGGCUAUUCUUUAUAAAUAUAAUUACUAGAG